AUGUCUUUAAAAGAAGAACAAUCACAAGAACACAAUUUACGAGCAGGCCUGACAGUGUUUAAUAGUUAUAUGGUACCUGGCAAGAGUUUAAAUGGCAAAGAGAAAGUCGGUGAUGAAACAUUAAUUAGAAAAGAGUCGACGUUUUCCAACAAUGCAUCAUCUAGAAUGAAUUUUGAUCAGACUUCGGCUUCUCCAACACCAUCAAAUGUUAAACCAGUUGGAUCUAACAAAUUCUUCAUGCCAAUCAAGAAAUGA